AUAACCUCAGUGCCUAAUCCGUAACCCGCCUAAUCUAAUUUGGGGCCUUAUGGGGACGCGGGACAAAAGUCCCACCGGGAGUAGUUGUCUGGUUGGCAAAGUAUUGAUCGAAGAUUUGCCCAAACGAGCUAUUUCUCACAAUGACAUACGUGAUUGGUUAAAAAAGUAUGGAUGCAUUUCAGAAAUCGUAAUAUAUCCACGCUGCUUGCUUGUUCAGUUCGACUCGGAUAUCGAGGCCGCUGGUGCUGUUCAGUGCGAAAAUGGGGCUUCACUCUUUGGCACUAAAGUCUCUCUAAAGCAUGUGGAAGCCGGUGAUUUAAAGGCGCUGCGUCGUGCAGGCCCACCAAUUGAUCGGUUUUCCACAAAUUUGCAACGGAGUUUCGGAUCCAUCUCUGGUCGUGAUCGCGACCGGGAUAAAAGUCGUGGGUCCUUGCGCCGUGACCGUUUCCGAGGUCGAACUAAGUCUCCGGACAACAAACGUUCACGUGAGAUCUCACCGCGUCGACACUCAAGGUCACCAAUGUAAGUUUUUCUGAUGAGUUCUACUGUCUCCACAUUUCCGUAUGCAAGUAGUGAUAGUAUGUUGCUUAUGCUACGUUCUCAAGGAUCGUCAUAUUUUUGCUAUCAUACUAACAGUGAGUUCUAUCGAAGAUUCUUCUGGAAAUUUUUUAUUGUUUUAAUAAUAGAAAUAUGUAUUAAGGAUGCUGUUUUGCAACGUGGUAGUUCUCCCUAGAUUGAAGAGUAUUUCUCAUUGUUGUCUUGUCAUAUGAACAUUUGGAUUACUUUAAAAUGUCGGAAACUGUUCGUGGACGUCAACAACUUCGUUUCAAUUGGCCAGUAAAUAAAUAUAUUCUCACCUGUAAUUCAGACGGAAAAACAAUAACAGCUGGGAGAGAAAUCGAUUAGGAUGCCCCAUGAUUUCAAAGAGGAUGAGGUAGGUAAACAGGGCACCAUCGAGAGCCGUUUGAGGAAGUUGUUAGUGAAGCUAUUUCUAAGGGCAGUUCAUAUAUCAGUAAAUUUCGAGAUAACUGUAUUCUAAAUAGAAGUUAGAUCUCAGAUGCACAACACAUAAAACUGACUCCCACACUUGGCUGUUCUGUGACUUCAAAGUAGUAUUUGAUUCUGUCAGUAGAAAGGCCUUAAGACGUAAAGAAUGAACAACUAUUACGAUGUCCUCAGAAUUCAUAAGAAAUUGUGAUCGGAAUUGAUACAAACCUGUUUUAAUCAUCAGCGGCAUUAACCUCUGCCAAUCCUGUCCAUCUUUGCCAUGAAUAAUCUACUAAACGUAACUUUUCAAGAGUUGGUCACCAAAUACUGCACAACGCGUACUGAUCGGCGUACAGUUCAUCCACUAAACUGGCUAUCAGAAGUUGCUGAACGAGACAAAAAGCUAAAUGGAUCCAGUCUUCUUGGUCCUGCCGAUAAAUCAACUGAAAAACCUAUCGUCAAAUCACCACCUUAUAUGGUGGCAAUAAUAACCGUCCAGCAUGAUCUUGUUCCAUAUGCUGAAAUUAUAGAACAACGUGUCACUAAAAGUCUAACUACACCAGGAAGUCCUUCUGUUACUCAUAUAGUAGUUCUACUGUCUGUAGAUCAUCUUAGCCCAUGCCUAGCUGACCUUACCAAGGAUGGUGUUCCGUUCGCGAUCAUUUGCACUAUGACUAAUUGGGCACACAACUCGUGCACAUUACGCAUUCUUUACGCUCCAACCCAACAAGAGCAUCGUAAUAUGCCUUUGGAUGAUGCAUUAAUCCUACUUCAUCGAGAAUACUCUGCAUAUACGACAAGCAGUAAAGAAGAGGUUGAUACUGCUCCUCCAGACGAUGCCAAUUUUUUGCCACCUAGUCGCCAUUUAGCUUCCCUACUUCAUAUGCUGGCUGAUUCUCGUGUUCUAAGUGUUGGAGAGUUAGACGAGAUCACUGUUUUUGUCCAGGAGCGAAAGCGUCGUCUGGAAGGCCGACGAAAUGCCAACAGUGAUGCCGGUGCAUGCAGUGAAAAUACAGCUGAGCUCAAGUCAAGAAUUUUAAGCAUGCUUUAUCCUCAGCCUGUUAGCUCUACUGUAACUACAAACACUGCUUCUUCCAAUGUACCAGUUGACGCGGCUCAUCAAACUCAAGAUUUAACAGCUACUAGUAUUGGAAGUAAAUUAGCUGAAAACUUGACUAACCCUAUUGUACAAAAAGCCAUAGAUACGUUAAUGUCAUAUCCUUCAAACUCUGUGCCUCAAACUGCAACGCAAAAGUCGCUUAGCUCUAUGGAUACACAAAAUAUGCAAUCUAAGAACUCUUUUCGCAACAAUAUAAAGCCUCAUUCUUCUUUAGCGAUUGCUGCAUAUUCACCCAGUUGCAUGAAACAGCCUACCAGUUGGAGCUAUGAAGAUAAUAGUUUUCGGCCAAGUCGACCGCUAAUUUCCAAUGACUUUAGUCAGCAUGUCCCUUAUGGACAGCAUACCAGACCUAGCAUGAUCCAGCAGCGUGAAUAUCCCAGUGACGAAUCACGUAAGGGUCCUGGUUUCAUAGAACAUGGAGUUCAAAGAGGCGCUUAUCACUCCGAAUUCGAAGUAAAUGAACCAGUUCUUGAUUCAAAUGAAGAGUUCACAGAAGAAAGUGCUUAUCCAGGUUGGCCUAGGAGAAAAAGAAAAAAACGAGGUUGUAAAGCUCCCUCAGGCGAUUCAUAUCAAUAUCUUGACCCUAAGAGUUAUGCACGUCAAAACGUUGACCAGCAAUCUCAACAACCUGUAGAUCUUAUGUCUACGGAGGUUCAUCCAGUCGGUGCUGUAGCUGAAGCGUAUAAAUAUUCUCAAGCUAACCCCCUCAUAUUCAAUCCGGGAGUCCGUGGUAGAUCUCAAAGAAUAACCGGUGGGAGUUCAUCUUAUGACAAUUACAAUUAUCAAUCAUUUGGACCGCAUCAGCCGAAUAAUUUGAAUCUUCAUACCCAAUCUUAUGGUUAUCCCAAUCCAUCUUCAUUUUAUUAGCACUUUUACGAGUAAAAUUUGUGUCCUGUAAGAUUAGUUCAGUUUUUUUCCAACAUAUUUACAUUCGAACAUAUUUUGCUAAAUGUUAUUGUAAUUAAUUUUUUAAACAAAGCGUUUUGCUCAUAUUAACUUUGCUGGGAAAAUGAAAAAAAGCAAAGAGGAUACAAACAAACCUCUAUAAUUUCCUUUCUAUUUAAAAAUGGGUUGAUUUUUUCAGUGUUUGUAUUAUUGUACCGCGUCAUCCUGUGUUGUUAAUUAGAAUUCAUCAUUUUCAACCUCUGGCUAAAAUAACAACAUAAUUCGCUUUAAAACUUGUUCUUUUUUGUUAAAAAAUAUUUUGUGCUGGGGUAUGUGAUGUAUUGGAAUUCCUUUCACUCAAUAUUCUAGCCGUUACAGUUCAACUAGUUUGCUCUUAAUUAUAUUAUCAAGAUUUUGCUGCUAAUAUUGACUCUGUUAGUUAAUAUAGCCGAUUUCCCUUUUAUUUCGUUCCCUGCUUUGGAACAGUAAGCGUGAAGUAUGCUUUUGUUCAAAUUAGUCUAUUAUUUACAGUACCAACCUUUACUCCAAUAAUGGUUCCUACCGAAUGCCGAACUUCUAAUCAUUCAUUGAGUUCAAUACUCUUCCGUAAUGAUGCAAAUUCUUAAUAUCCGCUAUCAUCGAAAUACGUACUGACUACAUAUGUCUUUAAUUUCCUAUUAUGUCAAUCCCACACGUUGUGAAGACUUUUGAAUACAACUGGUGUGACUCCAUAGCUUUGAUAAGUAGUGUUCUUCGAGCACACUUGAAACGAAGAAGGAAGCGUUAUAGUCUAGUAUCAGAUAUUAUCAGAUGGUAUUUAGCUAGGUCAAGUAAACAGUAAACCGUCGAUGAUACUGUCGUUCCUAUUUUAUAGUGAUUACACAAUACUUUGCUUACAAGUAUUUGAUUCUAUCUGCUCUUCGAAAAUAAAACUAUAUGGAAGAUAAAGUAAGUUAUAUAAUGAUUCUUUCUAUUCAUUUACUUAAUAGUUCAGAGUUAACGGUCCUAAAAUCGGUCUAUAAAUAAUUUUAGGAUCUUAAGCUAUCGCAAUUGUUUUCUUCAUACUGCUUUUUGCUAUUUUCGGUCUUUAUAAUUUUCCAGCUGGC